UGACAAGUACUCUGAUGAUUUUGGCAUGAGUUUAUUUUUUGUUUUUGACUUGAGUUUUGAAUGGUAACCUGUCCAGACUUCGGCUUCUGUUAUAGUGGCUUUUAACAUGAACUUGGUUUGUUUGGACCUGAUUUUUGAGUUGUAAUCUGUCUGUACCUUCUUUCUGUCACAGUUGUUUUACCUUUAGUUUGUUUUGGUUUUUGACUCAGAUUGAGUAGUAAUCUGUCCGAAUCUUCUAUAGUUGUCAUGUUGAUAUGUUGCAUGAGUUUAAAAUGAUUUCUAACUUGUAGUUAAAAAUCUGUUCAAUUCUCUGUUGUUAUUCUAAUGGCCUUUAAUGUGAUUUAAUCUUCAUUUCUAGAAAGAUACAGUUAUGUAGAAUUUCUUUUAAAUCUUGUUUUCUGUCCCAUAUACUUGCAACAUGAUUUAGCUUUUUUUUUUUUUUUUUUGGGGCAAAUAUUGGAUACAAAUUCUGGGUUAAACUUGCUGCUGUCUAGCUGCUGUGUUAGUGUGAACACACAAUUCCUACUUAUGUGCGCAUCUAGUAAUUGUUGUAAUUUUGCCAUUUGAUCUUGAUCAUCAUCUGCCCCCUUGUGGCAAAAUAUCACAAGGUAUUGUCUCAUGCUAAUAAAAACAUUGUCUUUUGUAGGAGAAGGUUGUUUGAAGUGGAAGGCAUAUAUUUUCAACAGAGGUUACUUAAAAAUGGAGUUGAGAUCAUUCGUUUUUCAAUCUAACUUAACACCGUUGUUUCCAUCAUUUACAUGCUGUGCUAAGCCUUCUUUCCAGUCCAAAAAGAUGGGCCAAAAAGUUUAUAAACUAGAGAUUAGUAGAAGAAUGGGACUUCUAGCAGCUGUGACUUCAGUAGUAUUAGCAGGGGAGGGUUAUUUUAGCACAAAAAUUGCAAAUGGAUUUGAUUUUGGAUUUGUGGCCCCUGAUCAAACUAUUGAAGAAGCAGAAAGUGGGGUCAGAAAUCAUGCGCAAGCCUUAUUACGAGUGAAAGAUCUAUUGGAGACAGAGUCAUGGAAAGAAGCACAAAAAGCAUUGCGAAGGAGUUCUGCACUCCUGAAGAAGGAUAUAUAUACUAUAAUCAAUAGCAAGCCUGGAAGUGAGAGGCCCCCGCUAAGGAAGCUGUAUUCUGGUCUCUUUAAUAAUCUAGAUUAUGCAGCAAGAGACAAAGACACCCAACAAGUCUGGCAGAGUUACGACAGCAUAGUUUUGGCUGUCAGUGACAUUCUAUCAAGAUUAUAUCCAUCGUAGGCUGUCAUGAAAUCUAAUACCUGAGCAAUUUUCUUACUCUUUGAAGGAGAAGCUCGCUUGCAUCAUCAAUCUUCAAUUCACCACUCUUUCUUCCACUUAUGAUUUCUAGAAGUACAACACCAUAGCUCAAAGAAAGCUGUGGUGGAGUAUCUCAUAAAACAGCCAGCAUCAUAAGUCUCAGCAUUUGAGUUGGGAAGACAGAUCUGGAAAUUUUUUAAGCCAGUAUUCAAGCAAUCCUGGCAACCACUUUGAAUUUGUCAGCGCUUGUUCCACUGUUGAAGCAAGUUCAGUGGAGUUUCUUACUUUAUUCCCACAGACGAUGUUGUUGCCAGCGUCUGUGUUCUGGUCAAAGAAGCCACUGCUCUCGUACCUUCAUAGUUAAAACACAAGAAAGGGAGUACCAAAAGUUAUUCUUUGUAGCUUCAUAAAAUCCAUGCAUUGAAAAGAUAUGGAAUUCACGCAAGUUGCUUGUAAUUUUGAGAGCAUAUAUGCUUUGAACUUUUCUGAGGUUAUCUUAAAAAGAAUGUUCUCCUAUAUGCUCUCUAUGCAUGUUAGUUUUACGUAAUUCACACAUUUUAACUUUCUCGUUUUCCCUAUGUCCAUGAGUGUGCCAAUUGGCUAGCUAGAGAAGCACAUAGGUUUGAUGCUCCUUUUCUUUCUUUUACUACUCCCCCUAUUAUUUGUAAGGGGCUGAUUGACCUCGACAAACAGAAUCUUUUUUGUUCUCUGCUUCGUUAUCACAUUGCAUUGCCAAAAUCCAAAAAGGGUGUUCUAUUGAA